AUGGAGCAAUUGAAAGACUCGAAGUUUGUUGCCACUGUCCCGCUGCCCGAGUCGCCAAAACAACUGCCCAGGCUGCCUAAUGCGAAGAUUCAGUAUCCCAAGUGGUUUGGAGGCUCGGCAUCAUUAUUCGCCGUCGUAUUCUCUCACCCGUUGGAUUUGAUCAAAGUCAGGCAUCAAACUGCAGCCGGGGCCAAGCAGAGCAUUACAUCCACUGUGAUUUCUGUGGUUCGGAUAGAGGGGAUCAAAGGUCUAUAUCGAGGUCUGUCCGCGAGCAUGCUCAGGCAGUUAACAUAUGGCUCCACAAGAUUUGCCAUCUACGAAUCUCUCAAGGACCGUGCCUUGGCAAACACAAAGGGCGACAAGCUACCAAUGGCAUUCCUCCUAUCCGCCUCAACAUUUUCGGGUGCAUGCGGAGCCAUAGUCGGGAACCCCGCCGACAUCGCCAACGUUCGCAUGCAAAACGACCGCUCGCUGCCGGACAACCUGCGGAAAAACUACCGCAGCAUCUUCGACGUGCUCGCCCGCAUGGCGCGCGAGGAGGGAGCCGGCGGCUUCGUGCGCGGGAUCAUCCCCAACGCUAUCCGGUCAGGCUGCAUGACCGGCUGCCAGCUUGGGUCAUACGACUGGUUCAAGGACAUGCUGGAGAAGGUCCCCGGGAUGGGGAACGGUGGGAUGGCCACGCAGUUUUCAGCGUCUGUUCUUGCAGGUCUUGUGGCCACCACCCUUUGCAACCCCAUCGAUGUCGUAAAGACGAGGAUCAUGAGCGGGAACUUCAACGGCAUGUCCGUGAUGAAAACAGUGACGGAAAUGACACGGACCGAUGGCCUGCGUUGGAUGCUUAGAGGCUGGCUGCCUUCUUUCAGCAGGCUGGGGCCUCAUACAGUCGCCACGUUGCUUUUGCUAGAACAACACAAGAAAUUAUACAGACAGUUAAACAAAAGAGAGUAG